GGGGCGGUGGAGGCGGGCGCAGUCAGGCCAGUGAUGGCGGCGACGGCGGUGAUGGCGGGCUCGGCGUCCCUGGCGCCGGCGUCGGGCACGGAGGGAGCCUCUUCGGUUCACUGGUUCCGCAAGGGGCUGCGACUCCACGACAACCCAGCACUGUUGGCGGCUGUGCGCGGGGCGCGCUGCGUGCGCUGCGUUUACAUCCUCGACCCUUGGUUCGCGGCCUCCUCUUCAGUCGGGAUCAACCGAUGGAGGUUCCUGCUUCAGUCUCUGGAAGAUUUGGACACAAGUUUAAGGAAACUAAACUCCCGCCUGUUUGUAGUCCGGGGACAGCCAGCUGAUGUGUUCCCACGGCUAUUCAAAGAAUGGGGGGUGACCCGUUUGACCUUUGAAUAUGACUCCGAACCUUUUGGUAAAGAACGGGAUGCAGCCAUCAUGAAGAUGGCCAAGGAGGCUGGUGUGGAGGUGGUGACCGAGAACUCUCACACACUCUAUGACCUGGACAGGAUCAUUGAGCUCAACGGGCAGAAGCCACCCCUUACCUACAAGCGCUUUCAGGCCAUCAUCAGCCGCAUGGAGCUGCCCAAGAAGCCAGUGGGCUCGGUGACCAGCCAGCAGAUGGAGAGCUGCCGGGCUGAGAUCCAGGAGAACCACGAUGAAACCUAUGGCGUGCCCUCCCUCGAGGAGCUGGGAUUCCCCACUGAAGGACUUGGCCCAGCUGUCUGGCAAGGAGGAGAGGCAGAAGCCCUGGCCCGACUGGAUAAGCACUUGGAACGGAAGGCCUGGGUGGCCAACUAUGAGAGACCCCGCAUGAAUGCCAACUCCCUGCUGGCCAGCCCCACAGGCCUCAGCCCCUAUCUGCGCUUUGGGUGCCUCUCCUGCCGCCUCUUCUACUACCGCCUGUGGGACCUGUAUAGAAAGGUGAAGCGGAACAGCACACCACCCCUCUCCCUGUUCGGGCAACUCCUAUGGCGAGAGUUCUUCUACACGGCAGCCACCAACAACCCCAGAUUUGACCGCAUGGAGGGGAACCCCAUCUGCAUCCAGAUCCCCUGGGACCGCAACCCUGAGGCCCUGGCCAAGUGGGCUGAGGGCAAGACAGGUUUCCCUUGGAUUGACGCCAUCAUGACCCAGCUGAGGCAGGAGGGCUGGAUCCACCAUCUGGCCCGGCACGCUGUGGCCUGCUUCCUCACACGUGGAGACCUCUGGGUCAGCUGGGAGAGUGGGGUCCGGGUAUUCGAUGAGCUGCUCCUGGAUGCAGACUUCAGCGUGAAUUCAGGCAGCUGGAUGUGGCUGUCCUGCAGUGCUUUCUUCCAACAGUUCUUCCACUGCUACUGCCCUGUGGGCUUUGGCCGCCGCACAGACCCCAGUGGAGACUACAUCAGGCGUUAUCUGCCCAAACUGAAAGGAUUCCCUUCUCGUUACAUCUAUGAGCCCUGGAAUGCCCCAGAGUCGAUUCAGAAAGCAGCCAAGUGCAUCAUUGGCGUGGACUACCCACGGCCCAUCGUCAACCAUGCCGAGACCAGCCGGCUCAACAUUGAGCGAAUGAAGCAGAUUUACCAGCAGCUCUCCCGCUACCGGGGACUCUGUCUGCUGGCCUCCGUCCCCUCCUGUGUGGAAGACCUCAGCAACCCUGUGGCAGAGCCCAGCUCUAGCCAGGCUGGGAGCAUGAGCAGUGCAGGCCCAAGACCAGUUCCCAGUGGCCCAGCAUCCCCCAAACGCAAGCUGGAGGCAGCUGAGGAGCCACCUGGUGAGGAACUCAGCAAACGGGCCAGGGUGACAGAGUUGCCCACCCCAGAGCUGCCGAGCAAGGGUGUCUGAAGCUGCAGAGCCACUGCUCCGUGAGCAAAGCCUGGGUGCCAAGGCAGCCACCAUGGCAGCAGAGUGCAAACUGCGGACAAAGCUGGUCACCGAUGGAGAUAGCGAGAACGUGUGUGUGUGUGUGUGUGUGUGUGCGCGCGCGCAUGUGUGGAGGAAGGAGUGGUGUGCCUGUUAACGUGUGCAUGCAUCUGUUGACACUCUUGUGAUUCUGAAUGCUGCCUGGGCUGGAGUAGUACCCAUAGCACGCUUUACCCUAAGCACUGUUUUCCGGCCUCCAGACACAAGGCUGGAAGUCAGAGCAGUGGCUUUCAGCUAAGUCCUGUCCCUGCCAGCCAGUGGCUUGCAUGAAUGGAGCACAGUGCUGUAGGACCCUAAUGGGGAUUCUGGCAUCUGCCACCCUGGUCCUCCCUCCUCACAUCAGACCAAGGAGCAAUAGGACAACAUUUUUGGCUCUUGUCACAAGGAUGGUAUUUUAGAGAAAGCCAAAAAGCCCUGCUAAGUUCCUACUUUUUGACCUGGAGGCUGGGCAGGCUGGAGUAGACCAAGCCACCUGGAGUAGCUUCUUCCUUAUUUUAAAACUUCCCUGCUGCUGGGUUCUCCAGACCAUUCCUUGGAUGUCCAGGACUGACCAUGAGGCCAUAGACAGAUGCUGGCUCUGAGAAGUUUCCACCAUCAUAUGGAAGGACUCCCAGAUAUCUGGUGCAGUGGGUGCAUGGUACUGAGACAGCACAUCUGCCUUUUGGGGCAUAGAACCUCAGGAAAAGACAAGUUCCUGGUGUCAGCAAGCCCCCUGGCCCCUCUGACCACUCUCCAAGGCACCACAGUGCUGCCAAUGAGGACAGCUGAAAUCCAGCCAGAGAAGCCAUUCCAGUCCAUUCUGGAGGCUUCCAGGGCCUGCCCUGGGCUGGUCAGCAUCCAGGCUGCCAUGUCAGCUGUCCUGGUAGCUGGACUCUGAGGACCCAGGCAGAUGGAUUCGUGGGUAGGGACUGCCAGGGGUAGUUGGCAAAGGUCCACAUAGAGAUCAAACCCAGCAUGUCAACCCUGCCAGAAGCAGCAAGUGGGAGGUUUGACUCAGAGAAGCCAAGCCCUGCAUUCUAGAAGUGGCCUGUGCCUCCCAUUUCUCCACUCCCACCGUCAAAGGCCUGUGUUGAGAAAGUCUCAAUGAAAACAAAGACUGUGGUUAACUGGAGCAAGUCUUCCUUCUACCAUGUGGCCUCUACCUGAGCCACAAGGUGUGUGUGUGGUGUGUGUGUGUGCGCGCGCAUGCGUGCACCUACAUGUGUACAUGUAGCUCAGAGAUUGAUUCCUCUUUGAAUUUUUGUCCUCACAUGUUACAUUAAGCUGGCCUCUAGGCCAUCUCCUCUCUACCUCCCCGGUGACCUUACCUAGCCUCAUAGCUGAUAACUCCUUUGGCCCCACCCCUGUCCCUCACUGUCCUCUGUCCUAAGACCAGAACCCUGUGGCCAGGCCUCUGUCUCCUACAGCUGUCUGGCACAUUGACAGGCUUCUUCCUGAGAUGUCCUCAGGUUUUCUCAGCCAGAGAGCUGCCUUUAGAUUCCAACUGUUGUAUGUGUCACCCUUACUAGAAAUGUCCUGUAAUCAAAGCGUGGAGAGGGGAGCAGGGCACGUGUGAUGGUGUGCAUUUGGAGCAUUGGAUUGGGGGCUUCCCUGCUCCCUCAGCCCCAGCCACCGGGAGGAAAAACAAUCAGGAGCCAUUGCCAGAAGGGCAGUAGAGUAAGUCUGGAAGGGGUAGUCUGAAAAACUGCGAAUGCCAGAGGGCUUAGGGCGAGAGUCAGUAUUUAUUUAGCAGCACCUUCAAACAUCAAGGUGAUUCCCUUGUCCUGCCUAUAUUUAAUGAUGGCUGUCUCCCCUAAAGUAAAAGUUUCCAGGACCACCUCCCCCUGCUUCUCCACCAUCCCUGGCAUGUUGGCCCAUCCCCAGGACAACCUUCCAGUGGAGUGGAGCAGUCCACUCCUAGAGCUGGGAGGGGAGGGGUGAGGAGAGGGUAUGGCCAGUGUCUUUGUAGCUCCCUUCUGGCACAGGUGGUCCUGGUGGCUGCUGCAGUCAUGUCCCAUAUCUUGAUCCAACGGCCAGCAUGGGGAAGAGAUGGUCGCAGGCAAAAUGCACUUUAUAUAGAGAUUUUCUAUCACUGGGAAGGUGUGUUUCUCCCACGAUUUGUUUGUGAAUAUUCUCUUGUUUUAUAAAUGUCUGAUCCUGUCUAAGCAAA